AUCAAAAUUCGAGAGAAAAAAAAAACAAGAGAGAGAAACAAAAUAGCCAAAAGAGAUAAAAAGAGAGAGAUAUCUAAUCGAGGCUCGUUGUCCGAGAAGCACAUCAAAGAAGAAAACCACAGAUCACAAGCAAACACUGCUGUAUUUUCCUUUCUGCCGAGUAAAAAAAACCCCUUUUCUGUUAAAUUAGGGUUUCGAUUUGAGUGAAGGCAAUGGCGGAAGUGGUCAAGAUGGCAAUCGACUGUGAAGAUGAGUCAAAACCGAGCGGCCAAGAUCAACCAAAGAAGACCCUGAAGAGGAAGCGAGCAACUUUAACACCAACACAACAACAGCAACUCGUGAACUUAACAGGUGAACAGAAAGAACUCCAGAUUGAGGAAUUGAAGAGAGAAAUGGAAGGGCUAUUUGGGUAUUACAAAGAAACGAUGAAUCAGAAAAUGGGUUUUGGGUUUGGUGUAGAUUUGGGUGGAAGUGAGUGUAUUAAUGUGAAUGGGAUGGUGGGUCUGUUAAUGGAAGAGAGUGACAUGUCGUUUUCGAAACUGGUAGAGGAAAUAUAUGGGAAGUUAGUGAAAAAGAGUGGGAAUUUGACUGUUGCAGUGGUGAAAAGUGCUGUGUUGUUUGUUGGUCAAAGAAUAACAUAUGGCGUGCCUAAUAUAGAUGCUGAUGUUUUGGAGGAUGAGACUGAAAGUUGUCUUUGGUGCUGGGAGACACGAGAUUUAAAGCUAAUGCCGAAAUCUGUCCGUGGUGCAUUGAAAAUCAGGCGUAUGUGCCGAGCAAAGAUCCAUGAGAGGAUUACUGCUGUUUUCGCGAUGAUAACUGCAUUACAGAAGUCAGAGACUGAUGAAAAUUACAAAAGUGAUUUAAUAAAAUCAUCAGGGAAGCUUGGCAAAGUGUUAAGAGAGGCAGACAUUCGUUUGUUAGUGGAUGGCAUGUUACAGAAGAAUGGAGCAGAGAUGGCUGAAAAGCAAGUAAAAAGAGAAGAAAAAUUGAUCAUCAAGCAACUGGAGAAAAAUAAACGAGAAGAGGAAAAGGAGAAAAAAAGGAUGGACCUUGAAUUUCAAAAGGAAAAGAGACAAACUGAGAAAGAGCAAAAGCGACUGCAGGAGGAGGCGGAAAAAGAUGAACGGCGUCGUGAAAGGGAAGAGUUUGAAAUGAAGAGACAACUGAAAAGGCAGCAAGAGGAAGUUGAGAAGGAACAGCGACGCAAGGAGAAGGAAGAAGCUGAGUUGAAAAGGCGAGUUGCUGUACAGAAGCAAGCUUCAAUGAUGGAACGCUUUCUAAAAAGAAGCAAAAGUAGUUCCCCAUGUCAGAAUGACCAGAGUUCAACUAAAGCAACCACUUCUGAUUCCUCAAGCAAAAAGAGUAAAAGGAUGGAUGAAGCAGUUACUCAGUUAAUGGACUGUGCUCCUUUGUUAAAUGAUAACAUUACAAGUGAUGACAUUCUCAAGUCACACUUGUCUUCCUGGUGUCAUUUGGGUUGCUCUAUCCGUUCCAAUAGAAAACAGCAUUGGAGUAUCCGUAGGAAGCCUAAGACUGGACUGUUUAAGGAACUUAAGCUAACUGCUAUCAGGGACCCAACUCAUGAUGAUGAUUCAAGUGUAGAGAAGCUUGAUAGUGGAUGGGGAGAUCAAACUUCUGAUGACAUAUCGUGCAUAGAUGUUAGAAAAUGUAAUCGGAGGAAGCAAUUGUUGCAGUUUGAUAAGAGCCAUAGACCUGCUUUUUAUGGUAUCUGGCCUAAGACAAGUCAUGCUGUUGGACCACGCCAUCCAUUAAGGAGGGAUCCAGACUUAGAUUAUGAUGUUGACAGUGAUGAAGAAUGGGAAGAGGAGGAUCCUGGUGAAAGCCUCUCGGAUUGUGAUAAGGAUGAUGGAGAAGAAAGUUUAGAGGAAGAAUAUUCAAAAGCUGAUGAUGAAGAAGAGAGUGAAGAUGGUUUUUUUGUACCUGAUGGGUAUCUCUCAGAAAAUGAGGGAGUACAACCUCACAGAAUGGAUGCUGAUCCUUCAGUCGAGGAGGCCAGAAGCUCGCCUAGUUGCAAGCAAGACUUAGAGAGUGAGGAGUUCUGUAUGUUGCUGAAACAGCAGAAAUGUCUGAACAGUUUAACUGAUAAUGCCCUUCGGAAAAAUCAUCCCAUGAUUGUAUUGAAUAUAAUGCAUGAGAAGGAUGCGUUGUUAGUGGCUGAUGACCUGAGUGACAUUUCUAAAGUGGAAAAAAUGUGUUUGCAAGCACUUAGCAUGCGAGCAUUCCCUGGAGGACCACAAAUGGAGAUGUUCGUGGAUGUGUCAUCUGAAAAUCAUGAUGCUUGCUUGUUAACUGCGAAGGCCAGUGCUACACGUAUCCCAACUGUGAUAACUUUACAAGACUCGGAUAUGACUAUAGUUGUGUCUGUUAUUCAGUCAUGCUCGCAAAGUAUGAAUAAAAUGGUUGAAUCACUGCAACAGAAAUUCCCCACUGUCUCCAAGUUGCAAUUAAGAAACAAAGUUCGUGAGAUAUCAGAUUUUGUGGAUAAUCGUUGGCAGGUCAAGAAAGAAGUUUUGGAUGGUUUUGGCAUUAGAAGUUCGCCAGAAAAGAGCAGAGGAAGGAAGCAUAACAUUUCUACAUUUUUCUCCAAGAGGUGCCUGCCUCCUGCUGGUAAAAGCACGAAUCCUAAUGAGUCCUCACCGCCUCUGCUGAAACAUGGUUCUGUUGCUGAGAGCCAACAAAUUUGCACAUACAGCCAUCCAUAGCAUUCUCUUCCGGAUCAUCUUUGGCCUUUCUGUUUUUUCUUCACCAAAUUUCCCAUCUUUUUGGCCAUAUUCCGAGGCAUGUAAUUAUAAAUUAUCUCAAGAAACUCAACAUUAGUGAAGUUUCUGUUUUAAAUCACAAGGUUGAAUCGAAGGCGAUAUAAACUUUCAGCAGACCAA